GGGGGGAGGAGACAUAGAAUAUUAAAUUUGAUCUUGUGUAUAAUUGUGAUCUUUUGGUAACAACAACGCAAAAUUUCGCUGUUUUUUGCCUUGUUUGUGAAGCGAUUUCUUUAGAAAUCGGCGCGGAGGUCAACCUACACUAUGGUGGACAGAUUAGGUAAGUUUUAAGCAAAAUAUUUAAGUAUAAAUGUAGGAAAAUCAUUUUUAAAUUUGCGGCGUGAUCAUUGAAUUUGGGCACGAUACUAUAUUGGUUUCAAGUGUCAAACCGUGUCAAAAUUCCGCUUUUAAUACAGUUGCAAUCUCUCGCUUAAAACAGCCUGAUUUCUGGCUGAUGUUUAGGGAAGAAAAAGCCAGUUUUCUAGCCCAAAAGUUUGAUAUUGAUAAGUUGUUUUCUUAAUGCUUCCAAAUCAGGAAAAGUUUAUUUACCAGAUGUAAAUUACUAAAUUUAUCUCCCUUGUGUGACACAAUUUUGUAUGCUUGAAUAUGAAUUUUACUCAUGUUAUGAGGUCAACGGUUAUUUCGGAAUGGUUAUUUCAUGUUACUAAACAAUAAGGUUCAGGAAGUAUAUUUGAAAUCACGACAUGGGGAUUUUAUACAUUAUGUAAAAAAUAUUUACAUAUUUGAAUAUUUUAUAGAAACAUUUUCAUGAGUAUAAAAUUGACGUUUUAUUUUUAGCAAAUUGAGAAUUAAAAUAUCUUGGCAAAAGCUCACUAUUGUUUAGCCCAUAGAUUAAUUGGUCAAGCCAAUUAAGUUGUGAUGUAUUUAGAAGAUGUUAAUUUGGGGCUGUGGUUGGUGGUGAUGGUAGUGAUGAUGAUCAAUGACAAUGGUAAUGAUGAUGGUAGUGAUGAUGAUAGUGAUGAUGAUGAUCAUGAUAGUGAUGAUGAUGAUAGUGAGGAUGAUGAUGAUAGUAAUGAUGAUGAUGUUGAUAGUGAUGAUGAUGAUGAUAGUGAUGAUGAUGAUGAUAGUGAGGAUGAUGAUGAUGAUAGUGAGGAUGAUGAUAGUGAUGAUGAUAGUGAUGAUGAUAGUGAUGAUGAUGAUGAUAGUGAUGAUGAUGAUGAUAGUGAUUAUGAUGAUGAUAGUGAGGAUGGUGAUAGUGAUGAUGGUGAUGAUGAUGAUGAUAGUGAUGAUGAUGAUAGUGAUGAUAGUGAUGAUGAUAGUGAUGAUGAUGAUGAUGAUAGUGAUGAUGAUGAUGAUGAUAGUGAUGAUGAUGAUGAUGAUAGUGAUGAUGAUGAUGAUGAUGAUGAUGAUGAUGAUGAUGAUGAUGAUGAUGAUGAUGAUGAUGAUAGUGAUGAUGAUGAUAGUGAGGAUGAUGAUGAUGAUAGUGAGGAUGAUGAUGAUAGUGAUUAUAGUGAGGAUGAUGAUGGUGAUGAUAGUGAUGAUAAUAAUCAGGAUGAUAGUGAUGAUGUUGAUGAUAGUGAGGAUGAUGAUAGUGAUGAUAGUGAGGAUGAUGAUAGUGAUGAUAGUGAUGAUGGUAAUCAGGAUGAUAGUGAUGAUGAUAGUGGAGGUAAUCAUGAUGAUGGUGGUGCUGGUGAUUGUAAUGAUGAUGGUCAUUAUUUGUUAAUUCCAGUGAAUAGUGAAGCCAAUUCAAGAAGAAUCACUAAUGUAGAAAAAUGCUUUGGAGCUUCUGGCCAGCCUUUGGCCGUCACUAGCCGAGUAUUGGUUGGGGAGGGAGUUCUCACCAAGUUAUGCCGCAAGAAACCAAAACCUAGACAAGUACGUCUCAAAUAAAAUAACUUCAAAGUGGCUUCCUUUCACAUUUUACUAUAGCUGCAAAAUAAUUGACUCGAAAUUUGUUUGUAGUUUUAUUUGUUCAACGAUAUUCUGGUGUAUGGCAACAUUGUUAUCAACAAGAAAAAGGUAUAGUGGAUUGAAUAAAGUAAACUUAUUUAUACUGGACAGCUCUAUCAGUUCUAAACAGUUUGUCCUAGAGGUCCAGUAAUGAUUACGUUAAUUCUUUCGCUUUAUAGUACAAUAAGCAACACAUAUUACCACUGGAAGGAGUACAGUUGCUGGCUAUAGAAGAUGAUGGAGGUAAAAUAUUAAACACCACUUACUCCUCUACAGAUACACAGCAGAACUACUCUCCCAAAAAGACCGGAAGAAAUAAUGUAAACUAGUAAAGCAAUUCAUUUUUCUCUACAUAGCUCUAAAAAAUGGCUGGCAGAUUAUCAGUCCAAAGAAGUCAUUUGCAGUCUAUGCUGCAACAGCCACAGAGAAAGCUGAAUGGAUGGCCCACAUUAAUAAAUGUAUCGCUGAUCUUCUGUCGAAGAGUAAGUCCUAUGUUUUCCUUGUUGUUCCUUCUUGUUUUAAUAUAUCUCCCUUUGUUUUCUCAUGUUUGGUUUCUUUCAAUAUUCCUGCCUUCUGGCUCCCUGCCUUUCUUGACAAUAAUUCAACAAAUUAAUUCUACAUUUUUCUUCAGCUGGGAAGCAGCCGUUGAAGGAACAUGCGGCAGUUUGGAUACCGGAUAAUGAAGCAGCGUCGUGUAUGCUUUGUAGGAAAUCGAAAUUCACCACCCUCAACAGAAGGGUGAGGGCAAUUGAAAUCUUCAUACUAAAUCAUACAUAAACUAAAGUGUGACUAACCCCAAAUAUAAUUUUUGGUAUGUGUAAUAUUUGGGUCAUUUCAAGAAGAAAUGUAAUAUAUCUUUAUAGUAGAAAAGCUCAUCCUAAUCAACUUUUUCACUGUCCAAGUUUUCGGAUAUGAUGUCAUUAGGUGAAUUUUUGGUACAAAAAACAAAGGAAAACUAAUUUGCGAUUCACAUAUCCGGAAACUUUGACAGUGAAAAAGUUGAUCAAGAUGGGUUUUUUAUUAUUUUGAUAUAUUACAUUUAUUACACAUAGAAAAAAUCGUAUGUGGUCAGUCGUACUUUAACCAUUGAGCAUCAGAGCUUCACUUGAUGAGUAAAAUCAUCUGGCGUUAGACAGACAAAGUAGGACGCAUUCUGGCGCUAUGCAACUUAAUGGGUCAGCACAUGGACAGAUACCCUGAUUAAUUUUAUCCCAACGAGUGGCAGCACUCUCUCCUUGAUGACUAAAAUAGUCUGACAUUAGACAGAGUAAAAUAAUAAAGUAGGGUGCAAUGCAACUUAAUGGAUUAACAUUGCUUUUAAGAAAUGAAUAUUAGGUGGUUUUCACCAAGCUAUUGUCCAGCAAUUGUCUUGUAUUAAGAGGAGAAUAAACAGAACUUUGAGAUGUAGUUGAAUUUUCUUGCUUCUGUUAGACAACUGCACUUCUUAAAUUGAGUUUUUCUUUGUGUAAUUUCAGCACCACUGUCGCAAGUGUGGUGGGGUUGUGUGUGGGGCAUGUUCAACAAGAAGAUUCCUGCUGCCUCAGCAAUCGUCGAAGCCAAUUCGUGUUUGUGACAAAUGUUACAGUCAGCUAACGAACGAAGAGAACAGCCGGGAUAUCGCCAAGCCUUCAUCAGGAUCAGGUAUUUUCUCCACCAUGCUGUGAGAAUCUGUACUGGUGGCUGGGAAUGUAGUGUAGGCCAUUGAGAGUCAAAUGAUGUACAGUAUCUCUCUUGAAGACAACAAGGAGAAGCAUAAAUCCAAGGGAGACAAGCUAAUGUCCUUAUGAAAAUGUAUUGCUUAUUCAAAGCAAUAUCUGUCCUGAAAUGCUACAGCAACAUUGUGCAAAUCACCUCGUCAUCCUCUCAUAACAGUUUUAGCCGUUCAUAAUACUUACUUAUUUAUUAAGCUUUGCCGUCCAACAAAUUAAUACCUAAACAGAUACAAGGACAACGAACGGCUCAGGAACAUCAACACAGCAUGAGCCAAUUAUGUUGAUGACUUGAUAAGUUUAGAAAACAUAUAAUAGAAAUGUUGCCCAUAGAGACUGUCAGUUCAUACAAAUUUUUUAUUUUUCCAGUGAAGAAGCCAGGUAGACCUCCCCCGCCACAAACAAAAACCGAAGAAAAACCUCAGCAGCCGGUGGACAGCGGGACGUCUGGAGAAGAGAGUGACGAUGAUCAAGAACAGGAAAACUUGGAGGUUGAAACCAAGGUAAGAUGUAGGUUUGAGGGUUAGAGCACUGCACUGGAAUCACAGGGUCGCAGGUUCGAUUCCUGCUACCUCUCACUGACACAGGAUGCAUCCGAUUGGUUAAUCAACUAUAUCAAAUGCAUAUGAUUGGUUAUUAAUAGUCCACUAAAGUGUGACUACUGUAACCCCAAAUAUAAUUUUUGGUAUGUGUACUACUUGGGUCAUUCGAAGAAAUGUAAUAUAUCUUUAUAGUAAAAUAUCUCAUCUUGGUCAACUUUUUCACUGUCAAAGUUUCCGGAUAUGAUGUCAUUAGGUGAAUUUUUGGUACAAAAAACAAAGGAAAACUCAUUUGCAAUUCACCUAAUGACAUCAUAUCCGGAAACUUCGACAGUGAAAAAGUUGAUCAAGAUGGGAUUUUUUACGAUAAAGAUAUAUUACAUUUCUUCUUUGAAUGAGCCAAAUAUUACACAUACAAGAAAUCAUAUUUGUGGUUAGUCGCACUUUAAUGGUAGUGGAUGUCAAAGCUGAACCUCUCUAUUAUAUUAUACAGCACUUGAGCGCAUAUUUUAGACUACUUUAACCCAUUGAGCCGCAAUGCACCCCAGUGCAGACGAUUUUACUCGUCAGUGGGGAAGCUCUGCAGCUUAAUGGGUUAAUUUAAUGAACCAGUAUGUUGCCUGCAAAUUCAGCCAUCUUCGCAAUUUUGUGGGAGAUCCUUGCUUAUUUGACACGUUAUUUGUAACGCCAUCAGAAAAGCAUAUUUUGUGGUCAAACGUGGCAGGAAUGCUCUCCCAGCUAUCACAUAUUCUUAUCUGCCAUACUUGGUAUGCCUGUUGACCUUAAAUGUGUCGGUUGGUUGUUUGUAAUUCAUCUUUUUAUUUUUUAGCCAACAUUUUAUGAAGCAAAUGAAGGAAGUGAAGAAAAUAAUGGAAACAUGGAUGAAUCAUAGAAAUAAAAGAAAGAUACUAGAUUGUUUUUAAAAAAACUUAGUUCAAAGCAAACAAGCAUUGCUGUCUUAACUGUAUUAACUAAGAAUGUUUUUAUGCUAAUUGCUAUUGACUUCAAAUCAUAUUUGUAUAUCAUUUCAAAAGGAGAAUUAAGUGUAUUAAUUACAUGUUAGCAAAACUAUUAUUACCUAUUUUAUAGUUCUUUUAAUCUUUUUAAAAAAUGUAGAUCAUUUGUAAUUUAGUGUGUUUACUAGUUGAGAAUAAACAGCUUUGUAUAAUUUUAUACCAACAGUGGAUAUAUCAGAGUGUUUUAACAAUACUUUGAGGUGUUUCAAAGUCGCUACAAUAAACAACUUGGAGUGAGGAGUGUAUGAUAACGUUUCUAACAAACCAGUAUUAAAGAGAACUUCAACACAAAAAUCUGUUUCAUUUACUACUGUAACAGCUGUAUCAAGGCAACAAUUUUUGCUUGCAAAUUAUUACUGAUAAUUGACCGAUUGAGCCCCAGCACUCUCCCCUUGACUGGUAAAAUCAUCUGGGGUUGGACAGAGUAAAAAUAAUAAACUUCAUAACUGACAACUACUACUAGCACAAUUGGAUGUACAGUAUUAAAAUCUAUUUUUAUAUACUGUAAACUAUAUUAAUUUAUUACAUACCGUACUUACAAGUUCUUGACAUUUUGAAAUGCAUCAUAAACUUUGAAAUGCAUCAUAAACUUUGAACAUGCAACUCUAUUUUACCACAGGUCCUAAUUUACAGCUCUUAGUCAAUAUUAUACACAACAGAAAGUGUGCUUUUGUAUGCACACUAGCGGCAUGUUUGCAGACUGGAAGGCGUCAAAUUUUAGCCACCAUGACAGACAAACACAUGACUGAUGUGUGCCAGUUACUGUAUGUGUUAGGUUUGUAUAUCAAAGAUUGCAAACAAAGUUUAAAAGUAUUCAAAAAAUUAAAUUAUUGCAGCUUGAUUGAGUAUGUUUGAAUCAGUAGCUACAAAAAUCAUAAACCUAUUUUAUAAAAAUUUAGAGCCACAUUUUUAAAAAAAAGUUGCACAUAAUUUUUUCUCAACUAAUUCGAACCUGGACUAUUUACACUACCCUGGUUCCCAGAGGUUCUCAUAUGUUUUGUCCUAUUCUCACUCGUAUUUACACUGCUUACAUAUCAAAUUCCAUCAUUUCAAUGCCACAAAACAUUCAAGUUUUAUGGACUAUCGUAAUGUCUUCUUAUUUCAGUUUUAAUAAAAUUUGGUAAGGGCAGAUUGUCAACCUCUUGGAGUGUCAUGGUUUUUGACACACGACAACAGCACAUGUCCAUGAGUGUUUCUGCAUUGAAGACUACAAAAAAAAACCAGCAAAAAAAUUUCA